AUGUCGUUAACACCAUCUUCUAGCAUCCCGGGACAUCGCCGAACUUGGGACAAAACUGAAUUUGAGAUAAGGGCUCAAGAGCGUUUGGCAGCUGAAAAAGAAGCUUUUGAUAUUAAAAGAGGAGUAAUUAAACCACCUAAAGGUCCUAAAGUGCAACGUGAAUUGUUAAAACCUCGGGAAUUUAAGUUGGAUCUUGAAUCAAAAGUUGGGAAACAAGUUGUUAUAAAUAAAACGACUCCUUCGGCUGAAAGUGGUGGAUAUUAUUGCAAUAUCUGUGAUUGUGUGGUUAAAGAUUCUCUUAACUUUUUGGAUCAUAUUAAUGGGAAAAAUCAUCAAAGAAAUUUGGGUAUAUUUCAAGUUUAUUUUUACUUUUUUAAAAAUUUAGGUUUUUCAAUGCGUGUUAAGAAAAGUACAGUCGAUGAAGUUCGUGAACGAUUGGCAUUAAAGAAGAUUGAAAAAGAAUCUAAAGGUCGUGAUAACGAAGAAGAAAGGCAGAAUGAUUUAAAAGAGGAAGAGGCGAAACUUGCUGAUAUGAAACGUCAACAACGAGAACGGCAAAAGGAACAAAUUCGAAAAAGACUAGCUAAAAAUAAUUUGGAAGAAAUUUCUGCCGAUCCUGAACUUUUGAGUAUUAUGGGAAUUGGUAAUUUUAGCAGUAAACAACAACAAAAGAAGAAAAAAUGAAAGAGAAUUGUGAUUGAGGUAUUGAAUG